AUGGACCAGAUCUUGACGAUACGAAGCAAGAGCCCCGUCGGGUUUUGGCCCAGGACGUCGCUUAGGUCUCGUUGCUCCAUGUCGCUGCGUUGGCUUGGCUGUGUGGUUUGUCUGCUGACCGUCUUCGAGACCUUCACGUAUCUCGUCAACCGCCCGGAGAUAUCUCUUCUCGGUGAAUGGAGCCCUCUGUUCCGUCCGGCGGUUCUGCGACCGGGCCAGUAUCGGGAGACGGUAGGCCAUUCCUCCAUCGGGGAAGGCCCAGGCCAGGACGUGGAAGUUGAUGAAAUGGGCCUGUGGCAUGACCAGAGAGAUGAGAGAUUCUACCUGGGUGGCACCCGAACCCUAACCAGCGCUCCAUCUCUCGGAGCUGCACACCCUGAUCCCGUUAUCUACGAUCCUUAUCCUACAUACAACAGUAGAGCAUGGAGAAAGAAAUACCAUGGCCGGUUUGAGCCAUGCUUGGGGCCGCGCGGUCGCGAUUUAGACCGUACCCGCUUCGAAGAUAUGGUUCUGGUGUAUAAAGGAAAGCAGAUUGCAUUUCCAGAGUCCCGAUUCGGCUCACACGAGGCAAUCGGCCUGGACGGGGAUAUCUGCACCGAUCGCUACUCUCGUUUCGGGGCCUACGGGUAUGACGAUGACAGCGAAGAAGAUGUUCCUGGUUUCACUCGGCCGCCGAUGGUGCACUGGAACGAGGUUGACUGGAGAGGCCUGCAGUCCCUCUGCCUCGAGAGGAAUGCCAAUCGGUUUAAACCAAACAGUGCGAUGAACCAGUCUCAACCGCCCCCGCUUUCCUUUGAGCUCAGAGAGCCCCCGCGAAAAGUCUAUGAAUCCGAACCGACUACUGCCGGCGUGAAACAAUAUCAUUCGCGAUCCGCCGUCCUCAUCCGAUCAUGGCAGAAUAUGCUAUGGACACCGAAUCAUCGGGAGUAUCUUCGGGCGUUGAUCAUGGAGCUUGCCUUGCACUCUGGAGGCGAGUAUGAGGUGUUCCUCUUGGUUCACGUCAAGGAUGAUGACCUGCCCAUCUUCUCGGAUGCGGAGACCAUGAGUGAGCUGCGGGAGUCUAUCCCACCUGAGUUUCGAAACAUUGCUUUGUUCUUCAACACCAAGCUGUUGGAGGCGUGGUAUCCCAGAAUCCCAGAACAUAGCCCUAUACUACAACAUCACCAACCAUUGCAGAUCUUUUCCCAAUUGUACCCACACUUCGAUUACUACUGGCAAUUCGAGAUGGACGGCCGGCACACUGGUAAUAUCUAUCACUUUUUGGAUAAAGCCAUCUCCUUCGCUAGACAGCAGCCUCGCAAAUACUUAUGGGAGCGCAACGCCUACUUCUACACCCCCGGUGCACACGGUACCUGGGCAGAAUUCAUGGAAAUGACUAACUCUAGUCUCACCGAGAUGUCCGCCAACACGAUAUGGGGCCCCGUUCGUGGCACGGGAAUCCGCCCCAUGGGCCCAGAGCCGCCAGAUAGCCCCCCUGAGAGCGACAACUUCAGCUGGGGUGUCGGCGAAGAGGCGGACCUCAUCACUUUCCUGCCAAUAUUUAAUCCGAAAGACACUGCGUGGACAUUCCCGGACGAAAUCUGGAAUUUCAAAUACGACCGUGAAACGCCGCGCCGCGCUGGGGUCAUCACGAUGGGCCGGUACUCACGGCGCUUGCUCGAUCUCGCUCACCACGCACAGGCAACGCGCGGGCUCGGUCUCGCAUCUGAGAUGACAGGCUCUUCAUGGUCGCUUCAUCAUGGGCUGAAAGCCGUCUAUGUCCCGCAUCCAAUUUACGCAGACGGGCAGUGGACACCGCAGGAGCUUGCGCGGAUCUACAAUCGCGGAUCGCCCGACAAUAUCAAUGGUGGGCCAGAUAGUAUCUGGAACUUUGACCAUCUGUACGACCAUAUCAUGUACCGACUUUCCUACAUGUUCACGACACAUACCGCGGAGGACUUGUACAGGCGAUGGCUUGGGUACAGAACUGCGGAGAAUGAGGGUGGAAAGAAGUCAACGGAAACUCGCUUCGGUCGACAUUGUUUCCCGUCAAUGUUUCUUCAUACCAUUAAGAACACUGAGAGUAGGUUUGGACCUGACAAAGCUGUACCAUGA